AUGGAUUCCGGGUUGAAAGGUAGGGGCGGUGCCGGAUUCUCGACGGGCUUGAAAUGGAGUUUCGUUCCGAAAGAUAUAAAGCCGUGUUACCUCUGUUGCAACGCUGACGAAAGUGAGCCAGGAACGUUCAGUAACCGCUACGUUUUGGAAAAGAAUCCACACCUAUUGAUUGAAGGCAUCCUGAUUUGCUGCUAUGCAAUGGGCAUCGAGACAGCUUAUAUCUACAUUCGGGGUGAAUUCACCCUUGGGAAAAAGAUGUUGGAUGCCGCUAUCAAGGAGGCAUACGAAAAGGGAUACCUCGGCAAAGACAUUCGUGGUACAGGACUCAACGUUGACAUCUAUUCACACCCAGGAGCCGGUGCCUAUAUCUGUGGCGAGGAGACGGGACUCAUUGAAUCGCUUGAAGGCAAACGUGGGCAACCUCGGAACAAACCCCCGUUCCCUGCUGUUGCAGGUGUGUUUGGAAAGCCAACCGUGGUACAGAAUGUUGAGACAUUGUGUAACCUGCCUUUUAUCGUUGGCAACGGCGUUGAAUGGUACACCCAAAUGGGACCAACUCCUAACACGGGCACGAAGCUUUAUUGCAUCAGUGGUGACGUUAACGAACCCGGCGUUUAUGAACUUGAGCUCGGCUUGACAUGUUCAGAACUUAUUGAAGUUGCAGGUGGACUGCGCGGCGAAGAGGUGAAAGCAGUUAUACCUGGUGGUAGUUCUGCACCGAUUUUAACGCACUAUGAGUUGGACACACGACUCGAUUUUACUGCACUCACGCUUGCCAAAUCGAUGCUCGGUUCCGGCGGCAUCAUUGUCAUGAACGAGACUCGGAAUAUCGUCGAUUGCCUGCUCAAUAUCAUGAAGUUCUACGCGCACGAAUCUUGUGGACAGUGCACACCGUGCCGCUGGGGGACCCCGUGGGUGCGAGAUAUUGUCCAACGGAUUGCCGAUGGAAACGGGCAAAAAAAAAGUGUCGCCAAUAACAUCGCGAAUGUGGAUACGAUGACCUGGAAUACGAUUUGUGUUUUUGGCAUCGCGGUUUCCUGGCCCGCCGUGAGUUAUAUGCGUAAGUUCCGCCCCGAAUUUGAAGCCGCCCUCCGAGAAGGUAAACUCGUCACCCUACCGGUUGCUGAGGCGACCGUACCACCGGAGGAAAAUUACGCGUAUCAACAGCGAUUUGUUCCGAAAGAGUUCGCUGACCUGUAG